GCUUCCCCGAAGGAUGAACCAGAAGAGCCACAUACACGUACACACUCAGGCCUGAACACUAAGAAAACACAUCAUGAUUUUUUGGGUGAUUGCCAGUCUGCUGCUGGAGGUUGUUGCGGUUGCCGGUGUAGCCCUGGACCCAUGCUCUGCCUACAUCAGCCUGAAUGAACCCUGGAGGAACACAGACUACCACGUCAACCAGUCAUCUGGUGUCCCCCUGUGUGACAGCCACAUGUCUGGAGAAUGGUACCGCUUCACUGGCAUGGCGGGGGAUGCCAUGCCCACUUUCUGCGUCUCUGAGAAUCACUGUGGCACCCAUGCUCCCAUCUGGCUCAACGGCAGCCACCCUCAACCCCACGAAGGCAUCAUCACCCUGCCCGUGUGUGCCAGCUUCAAUGACAACUGCUGCCAGUGGAAUGGCACUGUAGACGUGAAGGCCUGUACUGGAGGAUACUUUGUCUAUCGCCUGCCCAGACCCUCAGUCUGCUUCCAUGUUUACUGUGGCCAUUUCUAUGAUAUCUGUGAUGAGGUGGACUGUCUAGGUCCCAGAUGUCCCGAGUCUGACUGUCGCUGUGCACCUGGAACUGUCCUGGGACCAGACAGACAAACAUGCCUGGAUGUGAAUGAAUGUGAGAAGGGCAACGGUGGCUGUGCAGAGGUGUGUGUGAAUACCAAAGGCUCCAGACGCUGUGAGUGUGGGCCAGGCCGUGUGCUGGACAACGAUGGACGCAACUGCAGAGAGAUAGCAGGCUGUCAUGUUAACAAUGGAGGCUGCAGCCAUGGCUGUUCCUCACUGCUGGACUCCUAUCAGUGCCACUGUCCCAGAGGGCUGGAGCUGGGAGAGGACAAACGCACAUGUCAGGUGCCAGUCCAGUGUGAUUCCAGCUCUAUUGUUGUGUCAGUUCCUAAGGACCUUGUUGGAGGACUGGAGCUCUCCCUGUCCAACUCGUCUUGUCGAGGUGUCUCAAAUGGCACACACAUCAACCUCCGCUUCAGCCUCAAGACCUGCGGCACAGUGGUGGAGGUGACAGAGGACAAGAUUGUUGGGACCAACCUGGUGACAGGCCUCCCUAGGAGCAGCCCGGGCAGCAGCAAGGACGUGAUAGUCCGCACCAGCAAGUUAGUGCUCCCAGUCACCUGCGAGUUCCCCAGGGAAUACCAAGUGUCGGACGGAUACCAGGCGAGUCAGCGUAGCUCAGCCCUCGAGCUGGCAGGCCACAGCGAGGGAGUCUUCCCUUUCUACCUGGAGCUCUUCAAGAGUGCAGAGUUCUCUGAGCCCUACCGCACCCCACCCCAGCUCCGCCUGCAUGACUCCCUCUUCUUCGGGGUGGAGCCAAAAGAGAGAGUGGAGGGCCUUUCUUCAAUGGUGGAGAGCUGCUUCGCCACACCAGGGCCCAAAGCUGACCAGGCCCUUAAGUAUUACCUCAUCAAAGACGGGUGUAUCUCAGAUGAAACAGUGACACAGUACUCAUCAAAGGACCAGCUCUCCAAGCACUACCAGGUCCCCGUCUUCAAGUUCGUUGGCAAGGACAACAGACAAGUGUUCCUCCACUGCCAGGUGUUGGUGUGCAGCGCAGGAGACUCCCACUGCGCUCAGCAUUGUCAAGGACGCGUCCGCAGAGAGGUUCGGACCAGUGGACCUCAGAUGCAGCACACACUGAGUGGAGGCCCCAUCUACAUCCUGCCUGAGCUGUGAUGCUAACAUAAAGCCAUCAUUUCAUACACCAUGAGAGCAUGACUACAGCAGCAGCAAAAUUACAACUGUGGAGUAACAGUUAGAUUACAGGAGAGUAAUCAGUUUAUUUGGUAUUUAAAAGUCCCUCAUAUACACAUAUAUACAUGCAGAUGCACAGUAUAUACAGUCUUCCAUGUUCCUAUGUAAGUCCCAGUGUCAGUCACAGUGCUGCAGAUCACUUGAAGUCUGCUUAACACAUCCAAGCUUGUGUGUUUCAUUGCCACUUUGCCUGGCAGCACAACUUCCUGACAUUACAGUGAAUGACAUUUCUAUUAGAAAUCAUUCAGAGGGGCCACAGUUCAUUUGUAACAACUACUGCAUGAAGGAUGUUUUUCUAGGUCACACUUUCAGGCAUUUCUCAAGCCUGAUUACAGCUUAAAGAUUUAGUGGAUUUAAAGAAGUGGUUUAUAUUUCACACCAUCACCGACUUGAAAAAUACAUGUGGAGCACCCAUAGAUGUGUUCUGACUCAUUUGCUCAGUAUAAUCGAUGGCUCGGGGAGGAUGUCACGCAUCCCAGUGUGGUGGAAAAGAGAUAUCAGUGUGCCGUGCCCCGGAAAUUAUGCAUACGCUUCAUCACUGACAAUUAAUCUACAAUUAAUCAUGUCAGUUUGACUGCAAUUAGCCAUGUAUUCAUUCUUAAAAAACAACAAA